UUGGAAGUUCCGUUUCUAUUUUCCCCCAAACCGCUCGUGAUUUGAUAAACACACAUUUACAGUGUAAUAAACUACAAAAAUCAGAUUUUAUUUUUAGAUAGUACGAGAGAACCUCGAAACUUUCUUCUUGAAAGAUCUAAAGUUUCCUAAAAAGGGAUGAUUGUCUUCACGUCUGAAGGAGUACGAUGGACAUCCGAAGAAUGGAACCGGAAACGAGGAAAAGGUUUUAGACAAAUUAAAGGACAUAAAAGACUGAUAUAAAGGGUGCGGAAAAUCAGAUAUGUUACUAAUUGAAUUGUAAAAUGCAAUUUUUAAAUUCAAAUCGAAAUGUCACUCAAAAGUAUUGCGAAGAGCAGCAGGAAACUUUCCUACUGCCUGAAGGAGAACUCUGGUGUAAUUGGGUAUGGGAUUCCAUUCUUUGCUGGCCUCCUACAAAAGCUGGCAGUUCAACUAAAUUGAGAUGCCCUCUAGAAAAAGGAAUCGAUCUCACUAAAUUUGCGGAAAAACGUUGCGGAGAAAAUGGCCUUUGGGUAUCUCGCAGUGGUCUUGCGACAGAAAAAGACUCUCCCAUUGGUUGGACGAAUUACACUCCGUGUUAUACAGAAGAAACAAUUUCCCUCUUCCAGAAGAUUUAUGCAGGAAGCGAGGAGGAUGCCAGGAUGAAGUUCAACAUAGCCGAGUGGACGCGAAAUUUAGAAUUCGUUGGACUGACUGUCUCUCUAGUAGCGUUACUCAUUUCCUUAGCAAUUUUCUGUCAAUUUAGGUCUUUAAGAAAUACUAGAACGAGAAUACAUAAGAACCUGUUCGUCGCCAUGGUGAUUCAAGUGGUUAUAAGAUUAACAUUGUAUAUAGACCAAGCCUUGUCAAAAAGAAACUUGCUUAUUUUUAAAUUUGGAAUAGAAAACAUUCCUGUACUUUGUGAAACCACUUACGUCCUUUUGGAAUAUGCGAGAACCGCGAUGUUCAUGUGGAUGUUCAUCGAGGGAUUUUUUCUUCAUAGUAUAAUAUCAGUUACGGUCUUCCAAGAAGCUUCAUAUUACCAGGUAUAUAGAUUGGUGGGUUGGGGUCCUCCUGCCUUUCUAACCUUGGCUUGGGCUACUGUAACCGCAAUUUACUAUCAUCCAUCAAAAUGUUGGUGGGGUUAUAAUCUGACCUCGUAUUUCUGGAUCCUCGAAGCGCCUAGAAUGGCAGUGAUAGUGGUCAAUUUCCUCUUCCUCGUGAAUAUCAUUCGUGUCUUGGUAGUGAAACUUCACCAGAGCCACUCUAGUGAGACUGAAAAAGUCAGAAAAGCUGUGAAGGCAGCGGUUGUAUUGCUACCUCUAUUAGGUAUAACCAAUUUUCUGUCGAUGAUAAAAGCCCCCUUGGCUAGAAGUGUUUGGGAAUUUGGACUUUGGUCCUUCAUCACACACUUUUUAACUUCUUUUCAAGGUCUUCUCAUAGCCAGCUUUUAUUGUUUCUUCAAUGGGGAGGUAAGACUUGCUCUAAAAAAAACAAUUUCUGUACAAUGGUCUAUUCGAGCAUCUGAAUUAAGAAAGCCGUCUCAUCUCAACGCAUCUCAGACACGCCGAAUAACCUCGGAACGAAACUUUGACUACCUGUGCAUUUGCUGAUAAAGUGACUCUAGAAAUGGAAAUUACAAACUGAAGCGCAUCCACACCGUGAAUUGUGCAAUAAAUUAGAACAUAUUAAGAUAAUAAACUUCAGAUGAAGACGAAUAUAUCUGGAUUUAGAAUAAUUCUGUGAAAAAAGAGAAAAUUGGGGUAAACUUGAUUUGUGAUAUUUUUGUAUGCAU